UCCAGAGCACCAGAGUGGCCUCCCCCUCACCAAAGAUUCAAUCAGCAGAAUCUCCGUCCAUCUUCUCCUCCGACACAUCACCAAAAACAUGGCUCGGCUGACGCUAUUCUUGUCCGCCGCCUUGGUCCUGGCGGCGAUCAGCUGCGUCGCGGCAGCAUCGAGCUUCGAUGAGUCCAACCCAAUCCGAUUGGUGUCCGACUCCCUCCGUGACAUGGAGGAGCAAGUCGUCCAGGUCCUCGGCAGCUGCCGCCACGUCCUCUCCUUCGCCCGCUUCGCUCACAGGUACGGGAAGAAGUACGAGAGCGCGGAGGAGAUGAAGCUGCGGUAUGCGAUUUUCUCGGAGAAUAAGAAGCUGAUUCGAUCUACCAAUAAGAAGGGCUUGCCUUACACUCUUGCUCUCAAUCGGUUUGCUGAUUGGAGCUGGGAAGAGUUCACAAGGCACAGGUUGGGAGCUGCUCAGAACUGCUCUGCCACCACAAAGGGCAACCACAAGCUCACUGAUGCCGUUCUUCCUGAAUCGAAAAACUGGAAAGAAGAAGGCAUAGUGACUCCAGUUAAAGAUCAAGGUCACUGUGGAUCUUGCUGGACAUUCAGCACCACUGGAGCUCUCGAGGCUGCGUAUGUGCAGGCAUUCGGAAAGCAAAUCUCCCUAUCGGAGCAGCAGCUUGUGGAUUGCGCUGGCGCAUUCAACAAUAACGGCUGCAGUGGUGGGUUGCCAUCUCAAGCAUUUGAGUACAUCAAGUACAAUGGCGGUCUUGACACCGAGGCUGCUUAUCCGUAUGUUGGAGUCGACGGUGUUUGCAAAUACUCGGCAGAAAAUAUUGGUGUCCAAGUCGUCGACUCUGUCAAUAUCACCCUGGGUGCUGAAGAAGAAUUGAAGCAUGCUGUUGCAUUUGUGCGGCCAGUCAGUGUGGCGUUUCAGGUCAUCAAUGGUUUCCGAUUUUACAAGUCGGGAGUUUACACCAGUGACACAUGCGGUACCGGCCCCAUGGAUGUGAACCAUGCAGUUCUUGCAGUUGGGUACGGAGUUGAAAGCGGCGUCCCGUACUGGCUCAUCAAGAACUCUUGGGGAGAAAGCUGGGGCGACAAUGGCUACUUCAAGAUGGAGUAUGGGAAGAACAUGUGUGGUGUUGCAACGUGUGCAUCGUACCCGGUUGUCGCGUAAGUCUGUCGAAAGAAACGGUGGCCGUGGUUGUGGAUAUGUAAUACGAAAUUCAUCGUUGUUUCGGACUGGGAUAUGUUCUGUUGUACUAGGGUUUCCAGCUUGAAGGUGAAGGAACGGGUCGUUGUUUAGUGGUGACUAAUGUUUCUGCCUUGAUGUACAAAUAAGAUACAAAGACUAUUAUUUAUUGCCUAUGUAAUAUAAGCAACGAAAGGUCCUUUUGUUUAAAUUAAAGUUGCACGUUUACGUGGAGGAAGUCAUAAAUCGAGAUGCGAAAAGAAAAAAAAAUAUAGAUAUGAGAUUGAUGAGCCCUCA